AUGACCGAAUCCAAGCUUCUCAGUGGCGAGUCCAAGCUUUCCCCCGAGGUAGCUGGGCUCAUCUGCCAAGCCAUUGACGAUGCGAGCGACGAGCUGCGACGUCUCAAUCUCGAGAUCUACAACAACCCGGAGACCAAAUACGAAGAGUUCAAGGCAUUCAAGCUACUGACGACCUGGUUCGAAAACCAAGGCUGGACGGUAAAGCGCUCGGUCUAUGACAUUGAAACAGCAUUCGAGGCCCGCUUCAGCGUCGGCCAAGGCGGCCGGACCAUAGCCUACAAUGCCGAAUACGACGCGCUCCCCAAAAUCGGCCACGCCUGCGGCCACAACCUCAUCGCCACCAGCACGCUCGCCUCGGCGCUCGGCACGGCGGCAGGGCUGCGCCACACGCAAACCGCCGGCACGGUCCUCGUGGUCGGCACGCCGGCCGAAGAGACGGGCGGCGGCAAGUACUACAUGGCGCAACGGGGAUGCUGGGCCGACGCGUCGGCGUGCCUGAUGACGCACGCGAUGCCCGACUUCUCGACGCCCGUGUGCGUGACCAAGGCGUCGUGGAAGUUCCGGGCCUUCUUCCGCGGGAAGGCGGCGCACGCGGCGGCGGCGCCGUGGGAGGGGCGCAACGCGUGCGACGCCAUCGUGGGGGCGUACGAAGGGAUCGCGCGGCUGCGGCAGCACCUGGACCGGCGGGCGGCGGAGAGCGUGCAGGGGGUGAUUCUGUCGGCGGGGGAGGCGCCCAACGUGGUGCCCGAGUUCGCCGAGGGGACGUUCAGCAUCCGGGCGCGCGACGCGGGCGGGCUGCGGGCGCUGCGGGAGCGCGUGGUGCCCGUGUUUGAGGGCGCGGCGGCGGCGGCGGGCUGCGCGGUCGAGCUGCGGUGGGACGCGCUGUACGAGGACGUCGUGACCAACGAGGCGCUGGCGGGCAGGUACCGCGAGCACAUGGUGCGGCGGCUGGGCAUGGCGCCCGCGGACAUGGUGCCGGUCGACGAGGCGAGGGGCCGGUACGAGCAGGAUGGCAGUUCGGACAUGGGCAACGUCACGUACCUGUGUCCCGGCAUCCAGCCCAUGUUCCGCAUCGACGCGGGCGGCCCGCCGCACACGCCUGCGUUCCGGGAGGCGGCGGGCACCGAGUUUGCGCACGGCGAGGCGCUGCGGGCAGGCAAGGCGAAUGCGCUGGUCGGGUUCGAGGUCGUGAGCGAUGGCGACUUUUAUAGCGUGGUGCGCGACGAGUGGGAGGCGGCCAUGGAGCGCGCGGUGCACGGUCCGUGGGCCGGCUGCCAUGAUGAUAAAACCGACCGCGUUUCCUCCACACUCUCUCUCCCCCCACUUGUCGUCGCCAGUGACGCCCGCCAUGUCCGACGCGAAUUUCCAGCGGAACCAGAGUCAAAUGUGCGGGGCCGGCCAGCAUCCCGUGUCCGCGGUUCGUUGUGCAAGAGUAAUGGAGCAGACUGUCAGUUUGUGCAGCCGCGAGCCAUCACCCGGCCCGCCACCGGCGCUCCCGAUGCGCCGCUCCAACACCAGGACAGGAGUGAUGAUAAUGAUGAUGACCACGACCGGUGCAGAUCGGAGCGUCUGGAUAGGCUUGAAGGUCAGCUUGCCCGCCUCACCGACGUUGUAGAGGGCAUGCGAGGCGAUCUCACGGCCGGCUUGACCGCGGCUCGCCCCACUGAUCGCCCAAACACCAAUCUCAAUCCACCCGUCGCCCACGGCAAUCUUGUUACUAGAGGAGUCAUCACUGAAGAGGAAUGCGUCCGGUCGUUUGAGACGUUCCUUUCCCAGUGCGAAGAUACCAUAGCCAUCUUCGAUGGCAUUCCCCACAAUCUGGAUGCCGUCCGCCAGGAGCCCAUCCUUCUGGCCGUCGUGUGCGCCGUUGGAGCCCGCGCAUUGGAUCCCGACUCGGACAUGCAUCAGAAAUGUCUUGCUGAAACAAAAUCCCUGACGUCGGCGAUCGCAUUCGGCCCGCCGCCUACCCUGUUUGCACUGAGGGGCAUCAUGCUGUUGUGCGCAUGGUAUCAUCACGAGCGCCUGUGGGGUACCGUCAUCACCACCGCCUACGGAAUGGGCCUGCACCAAGACGCGCUGCGCCUGUCCAAGGAAGCAGAGACGAUGAAUCAGGAUCAGAUCGAGAGGGCCAGGACCUGGCUGUCCAUUCUGACCUAUGAGCUCAUGGCCAAUACAAGCCGUCCGUACCUGAUCGGGGACAGUCAACGCUACAUGGAGCUAGCCCAGGGCCUUGUCCAGUCGCACCAUAGUAGACCCGUCGAUCAACGCCUCAUGGCGUACCUCGAGCUGUUCAAGAUCGUAGUCAAGUGCAAGAACAAUGUGCUCGCCGACUUGUCGCCUGGCCAGCAGCAGCUCGAUCUCAUAUCGCUCAACAGCUCGCUGGAAUUCUGGUUCUACCGGGUGUUCAACGACUUGAUCGACCCCCAUUACCAGACCUUUUCGAAACCGCAGGACCGCAAUAGGCUGGUGAUACCUUAUACAUUUGCUCGAAUGUGGGCCAACGGCCGUGUAGUCGAUGCCGGCAUUUUGACCGACGAGAUAAUCGGCACUCCCGGGCACUACUUGGUAGAAGCGGUCAACAAUGCCGUCGAGUCCGCCUUUCUCUUGCUGGACACUGCAUUCGAUUCCCAGGCUCUGGCUCGCAGCCUGCGCUACACCAUAGAUUACUCGAGCAUGACGCUGACUGCCGCGCUUUCGUUCCUGAGUCGGGUCGUGGCGUUGCGGCAAGCCACUGGAUUCGCAGUUGACGUGCAACGCGUCGUCCGAGCUCUGGAAAGAGCGAGGGACGUGUUUGAGAAGGCGCGUGCGUUUUCUCACGCAGAGUGGACGCGGGGUCUGAUUGGCGAGUGCAUCUCGGCGUCUUAA